GGCCCAUUCGUCCUCAGCAAGCUCGGCAGCCAAUGGUUGGAUAUCUGUAGAUGAUUUGCCUGCUCUCUUUCUAACCCACCUACUUACCAAAAGUAUAUCCAGUCAUCUACAUUUUCCAAGUUGAGAAGCGAAAUAUAUACGCUGUUUGGUCACAUAAAAUGUUCUCGCUUGGAAGGAACCGGCGGAAAUAGCAUGAAUAGGAAGGUCGACCUGAUGGUAGGAGAACUCCAAGAGGUUUACAGAGUGGGAGUUGUUCUUGAUCUUUUCGAGCAUGAUCCAAAACUACAGUACUACUUGGAAGCUGCAAGGAAACGGUUCCGAAAACUGACAAAAGAGCAUGGAGAUAAGGAGAGACACUGUUGGUAGUCGUGAGAGCGAUUGUGAAAUGAGUGAUGGUAGUGGUUGUUGUGAUGGAAAUGACCCG